UACAAACGGCCGUCCACCCUUCAGCAUGCCGGUGACAGAUUGCCAUAUAGAUCGAAAUGGAUGCUUGCUAUGUCAAGGAUCAAUCGUAACAACAACUACACCAUUGACAACCCCAACAACAACGCAAACAAGUACUCGGUCAACAACAACGAAAUCCACAACACGACCCACUACCCCUACUCCAUUUACAACGAAACAAACAACAACAAGACCAACAACACCUACACCAAUAACUACGAAAUCUACUUCGCUGACAUUUUCCACAAUUACUGCAGCAAAAACAACAACGCAACAGUCGGCCAUUUCAGCAAGUUCUGUAACAUCACCAACAACACCAUCUACCUCUAUGACUACUGCUAAAGGUAGUUUAGCAGCAACAAAAGCAUCUACUACUACCGGUAGUUCAGCAGCAACAACAACUUCUACUACUACAGUUACUUCAGCAGCAACAACGUCUACUACUUCAGGUAGUUCAGCAGCAACAACAGUUUCUACUACUAGAGUUUCUUCAGCAGCAACAACGUCUACUACUUUAGGCAGUUUAGCAGCAACAACAGUUUCUACUUCUACAGUUACUUCAGCAGCAACAGCGUCUGCUACUCCAGGUAGUUCAGCAGCAACAAAAGCUGCUACUACUUCAGGUAGUUCAGCAGCAACAAGAGCUUCUACUACUGCAGUUACUUCAGCCGCAAUAACUUCUACUACUUCAGGUAGUUCAGCAGCAACAAAAGCUGCUACUACUUCAGGUAGUUCAGCAGCAACAACAGCUUCUAUUACUGCAGGUCAUUCAACUGCAACGCCAGGAAAUACAUCAACACACGGAAGCUCAGCCACAACCGGAAGUACAAUAGUUAUGGCACCUCCGACAUUCACGACGAUCCCAAUACGCGCUGUUACAACGGCCUGUCCCCAGAUGCAAUGUUUGUUGGACUGUGGAAGCCCUCCGAAGUUUAUAAAAGAUACGAACGGGUGCGAUCUCUGCCAAUGUGACUUAAGCCCUUAAUACGUUGGUACAUGAAUCACUUAAUUAGGCAAAAUAAAAGAUUACACUAUC